AUGUCUUCAUCAACGCUAGGCCCUCAGUCCGCUUUACACCUGGGUCACAUUACACCAUCCAUCGACCUUACCUCCCAGGACUCUCACCACAAACCGGUCUUUACGGGAUCUUGGACUGCUCCCUUCAGGGACGGUCUGCCUACACCACCAGGCGACAUGACAGGCAUCACUUACAAUGCUUUCCCACCAGCAGCUCAUGGAGGGAAAGUGCCCGGAAUGUCGUCCCACUACUACAACAACCACAUGCCACCAUUUGACUCCAUGUCGUCUUCGAUGGUGACAGCUGUGAAGCCAAGCAACCCGGCCCCCGCUAAAGAUCUCGUCGCUUCCGAACCCGCAGCGAAGAAGUCAUCAGGAACAUCGAGCGGAUCGCAACUCCGGAUUCCCUCAUCGAUCAAUAACAGCAAGGGCAAUCUGGCCGAGUUCGCAGCUCAGAUGACCUGUUUAUUCUGGUUCGAAAAAACCCCCAAAUUACAAGACAUCGAAGAACGACGACACCCAGUACCUUCACUUGUUGCCGAAGCUAUCCCCACCGUGGGGUUUCAACGAUGGGUUUCCGGGAUUCUCUCGACCACCCAAGUCAGCCAAAAUGUGAUACUACUCGCUCUGUUGUUCGUUUACCGAUUAAAAAAGUUCAAUGCGGGGGUAAAAGGAAAGAAAGGAAGUGAAUACAGGCUUAUGACGGUCGCGCUCAUGCUCGGCAAUAAAUUUCUUGACGACAACACUUACACCAAUAAGACGUGGGCCGAGGUCUCAGGCAUCGCUGUGCAAGAAAUCCACGUCAUGGAGGUCGAGUUUCUGAGCAACAUCCGCUACGAUUUAUUUGCCUCGGAGGCUGAAUGGUCUCGAUGGCACACAAAACUGAGCCUCUUUGGCGACUACUUCAACGCCGCAUCCAUGCUCCCCGUCGAGUCGGAAGCUCCCGUCCUGCGCAUCUCGCCGCCGCGAUUGCAGCCCCAAUCGCCUUCGUCCAAGUUGCCAUCGCCCCCAUCCGAUCAAUUCCGCCCGCAAUCCCAGCCCAACUGGUACAUGCCUGUUUCCGGAUUACCUUACCCCGCCCCGCACUUGGGCGAGCUUACUCCCGGAGCAUCUCGCAAGCGCAGCCGUGAUGACGAGAGCGAUCUACAGCCAGUGAAACGGAUUGUACGCCCAGCGAGCAAUCCUGCUCCUGUACCAGGACCACUGAGCAUUCCUUCCAGCGCACUUAAUGCCAUGCCAACUCUGCCUCCUGUCCUCACACCAACUGCCGCCCCAGUGGCUCAGGGACCAAGUGUCGGAAGUGUCUCUCGUUUGCCUCCACUCAACAUGAACCUUCCUCCAACCUCCAACCCAAUGCCCCAAUCUCUCCCCACAACGGUAGCUUCGCAACUCCCAAUGCCGUCUGCUCUCAUGCCUCCAGUCUACAGCCGUCCCUCCAACUGGAUUCAGCCUCAGCAAAUGCCUUCCGCAGCCGUUCCUCCCGUGGCAUACAACGCUCCACAGCUUCCAGACUUGGGUCGCCAUCACCAGAACCCGUAUGGCGUUUCAACUUCGACUGUUUCUCCAGCUGUCUCGGCAUACUCCGUUCACACCCCUCAAACUCACCUCUCCCCAUCUUUCUUCCUCGCCAACCGCAACUCCCCCUACCGUCCAGUUCGCUCGGUCUCCACUCUGCUGAUCCCACCUCCCUCAACCUCCAUGCAACAGCAACGCAGUGUUCCAUUCGACCACAUGCAUUACCAACCGCUGAGCAAGGGAUCUGUUGAUCGAAAGACUGGACUCCUGCCAUAUAUCCCCUCUGAGUCCUGGUUUCAGAACCAAGCCAGUCACCCAUUCUACACUCCCUCUCAAACCUUCUCCGGCUAA